AUGUCGCGCUCUGGCUCCAGCGACCCAAACCCGAGCGAGCUUAUCCCCACCCUGACCGGUCCCGAGACUUGGGUCAGUUGGAAUAGCUGCAUCUACUGCGCCCUCGAAGCUCGUGAUCCGAAGCUUUAUCGGGUCCUUGUUGGUAGGUACUCAAAGCCUGCUCCCGUUGUCACAGCACCUGCCACUCCCACUUCCCUUGCGGUUAUUGCUCAUCCGGAUCCGACACUCAUUGAAGAAUGGGAUAACUACUCCCAGAUGCUGAUGCAUUUGAUCUCUACCACAACUGAUGAAAAUCUCAAAUGCCUCUUCGAAAUUGCCGAAAACUCAGCCGAUGUCUACCAACGUUUCAAACUCGCAUUCUUUUACCAUGAUAAUUACGCUCGCAUCAAACGCUUUGCUGACUUCGUCCGCCUUCAUUAA